AUGGAGCGUGGUCUUUCCGCGCGAGAGAAAAGACUUCGUGGCUCAGAAGCCAUCUUUCCUCGACGUGCUAAGCGACCUAUGGGUUCCGCAGUCGAACCCCAAUGGGGUCGUAAAUAUUGGUCUUGCCGAGAAUGUGAGAAUAAUAUUCCUUUUUUUUUACUAUGCGCUAAUAGCAGUCUAGACUCUCAUGCAGGCGGAGAUGGAGAGGUUCAUCAAUUCAACCCCUGUGUGCUAAGUCUAUUUCUGCAGUUCCAAAUCGACGCACAUGCACUGACUUACGGUGACGGAUUCAGCGGCUCGCACAAGCUCAAGAAAUCACUGUGUCAUUUCCUGAAUCGCCGUUUCCGUCCUCGCAUAGCGCUCUGCCCCUCUCAUCUUACCAUUACAUCUGGCGUCAGUAAUGCAGUGGAGUGUUGUGCCUGGGCAUUAGCAGAUCCUGGGGACCAUGUUCUGGUUGGACGACCAUACUUUAACGCGUUCAAGACGAUAUUUGGAGCCAGGCCCAGAGUCGAACUCCAAGAAGUCAAAUUCGGAAAAACAGACCCGUUCAGUAUGGCUGCACUCCAGCAUUAUGAGAGGGCAUAUGCCGAAGCGAAGAAUAACGACGUACGAGUCAAAGCUCUUUUGUUGUGCUCGCCACAUAAUCCCCUCGGACGUUGCUACUCUGAAGAGGUACUAAGAGAAUACAUGAGGUUCUGUUCAAGAAAUGGACUUCACCUGAUUUCAGAUGAGAUUUAUGCACUGUCUGUCUGGGAUAAUCCCCAUCUACCCGAUGCCACACCAUUCAGAUCAGUCUUGUCUAUUAAUUUUGAGGAAGUGAUUGAUCCAAGCACGGUGCAUGUUGUAUGGGGAUUGAGUAAAGUACGAAUCCAUAUUCCUUUGACCGAUAUGAAUAUUGAUGAUUUUGGCGCAACAGGGUUAAGGAUUGGCUGCUUGAUUAGCCAAUCGAAUACGCUGCUCUUAGAUGCUGCAGAGGGCAUUUCCCUCUACAACUUCCCCUCAAGCCUCGCCGACAAUAUUGCCACAUCCCUCUUACUGGACGACAAAUUCACAAGCGAGUAUAUCGCGACUAAUCGGAAACGCCUGGCUGGAAGCUAUCGUUUUGCGACGAAGUUUCUCCGAUCCCAUCAAAUACCUUACGUGGAGUGCAACGCUGCGUUUUUCAUUUGGAUAAACCUAGGAGCCGUGGCGAAAGAUCGCACAUCCAGUGAUAAGGAUAUUCUUGCGAGGCUCCACAAAGAGAGGGUUUACAUUGCAACCGGGGCUAUUUAUGCAUCCGAAGAACCUGGGUGGUUCCGAAUGGUGUUUGCGCACCCACAGAACGUGCUGGAAGAGGGGCUCAAUAGAAUGCUUCGGGCUAUUCAAUCUAGGCAGUGUUUGAUACAAGAAGCAGAUGUAGCGCAUCUUACAUGA